UAUUUCCUCUCUACUCCCCCCUGUUCGUGAAUCAUAUCAGCACAAAGUUUGCUUUUAUCCACGACGACAUCGCGGCCUUUUGACCGCCGAGCAGCCGAGAUGGUGUUUAAAGUGACUGUCAACAGCGCCUGGAGGGCAACGAGGACGCUGUGGCUGCUGCUGCUCGUGAGCCUGUCUGUGAGCAUCUGUGUGUGCCGAGCAUCUUCACCUCAGGAGGAGGACAGUGCCAUGGAGAACAUCGUUACGGAGAAAAAGGCUGAGGAGAGCCACAGGCAGGACAGCGCGGACCUGCUCAUCUUCAUCAUGCUCCUCACCCUCACCAUCCUGACCAUCUGGCUGUUCAAACACCGGCGGUUCAGGUUUCUGCACGAGACCGGGCUGGCGAUGAUUUAUGGUGUCCUUGUUGGCGUGGUCUUGCGUUACGGCAUCCACGUUCCUCGGGACAUUAGCAACGUCACGAUGAGCUGCCACGUUAAUGCCAGCCCCGCCACGCUGCUGGUCAACGUCAGUGGCAAGUUCUACGAGUACACUCUGAAAGGAGAGAUCAGUGCCAACGAGGUGAACGACGUGCAAGACAACGAGAUGCUACGAAAGGUGACCUUUGACCCUGAAGUGUUCUUCAAUAUUCUCCUGCCACCCAUCAUCUUCCACGCUGGCUACAGUUUAAAAAGGAAACAUUUUUUCCGUAACAUGGGAUCCAUACUGGCUUAUGCCUUCGUGGGGACGGUUAUUUCCUGUUUUGUUAUUGGGCUGCUGAUGUACGGCUGCGUGAUGCUGAUGAAGCAGGUGGGACAGCUGGGUGGAGACUUCUUCUUCACUGAUUGUCUGUUCUUUGGAGCCAUCGUCUCAGCCACAGACCCUGUGACGGUCCUGGCUAUCUUCAACGAGCUGCAGGUCGACAUGGAUCUGUAUGCUCUGCUGUUUGGGGAGAGCGUGCUCAACGACGCAGUGGCCGUGGUUUUGUCCUCGUCUAUAGUAGCCUACCAGCCACAAGGGGACAACAGUCACACCUUUGAGGUCAUGGCGAUGCUGAAGUCUUUUUGGAUUUUCCUCGGGGUUUUCAGUGGCUCCUUUGCUCUGGGAGUGGCCACCGGAGUCGUCACUGCUCUCGUGACUAAAUUCACGAAGCUGAGGGAUUUUCAGCUGUUAGAGACAGCUCUGUUCUUCCUCAUGUCAUGGAGCACAUUCCUGCUGGCUGAGGCCUGUGGCUUCACAGGUGUGGUUGCAGUGCUGUUCUGUGGAAUCACUCAGGCCCACUACACCUUCAACAACCUGUCCCCCGAGUCCCAGGACAGGACCAAACAGCUGUUUGAGCUGCUAAAUUUCCUGGCAGAGAACUUCAUCUUCUCCUACAUGGGUCUGACGCUGUUCACCUUCCAGAGCCACAUCUUUAAUCCCAUGUUCAUUGUUGGAGCUUUUGUGUCAGUUUUCCUGGGAAGAGCUGCAAACAUCUACCCUCUCUCAUUCCUUCUUAAUCUGGGACGACGUAACAAGAUCGGAUCCAACUUCCAGCACAUGAUGAUGUUUGCAGGACUGCGGGGAGCGAUGACCUUCGCCCUCUCCAUCAGGGACACAGCGACAUACGCCCGCCAGAUGAUGUUUACCACCACUCUUCUAGUGGUCUUCUUCACUGUUUGGAUUUGUGGAGGAGGCACCACCCAGAUGCUGUCCUGCCAGCGCAUACGAGUGGGUGUGGACUCUGAUCAAGAUAACUCAUUGAGCGUCGCCGAAGGCUCAGAGAGAAGAAGCAGUGCCUGGUUUUUCAGGAUUUGGUAUAACUUCGACCACAACUACCUGAAGCCCAUCCUGACUCACAGCGGCCCCCCUCUCACAGCCACGCUGCCUCCCUGCUGCGGCCCCCUCGCCCGCUUCCUCACCAGCCCUCAGGCCUAUGAGAAUGAGUGCCAGCUGAAGGAUGAUGACUCUGACCUCAUCCUGACAGACGGUGAUAUCAACCUCACUUACGGUGACAUCACAGUCAGUACAGACGCUUCAGGUUCUCACACAAGUGGCGGUCCAGCCUUUGCUGGCGCCGCCACCUCUGAUGACUUAGAUAGAGAGUUGACAUACGGAGAUCACGAGCUGGUGAUGAGGGGCACACGCCUGGUGCUGCCCAUGGAUGACUCCGAGCCGCCCUUUACAGACCCCCAGCACCGCUUGCGGAUGUGAAGACUCUCGACGCAGACCCAGACAUACCGUCCGACUCACACUGACCCGAGCCAUAGAGCAAAAGACCAGUACCUGACGCUCCUUCUUUCACUCCUCCACGUCAUUCCUCUUGCUUUUUUUCCCCACACAUUUCCUCACAGUUACAUUUCUUCUCACUUCCUCUAGUGGCAAAUCACUGUCUCUACCUCAUUCUCGCUCUGCUCGUUACCACACCUCUCUGGCAUCUGCCAUAAUUGUAAUAUAGUCUUAUUUAUUUGCAGGGUUUUCUUUUCGUAUUCAAUUGAAAGUCAGUUUCUCUUAGUUUGGCUUAAAGCUGUGUGUCAGUCACCUUACUGUAGCAUUGCACAGAGGUCUAGCAGCAUGUGUUAGUGUGUAAAUGCAACCACUAGCUAAUUUGUCGAUGUAAAGUAUAUCACAAGAGUACUAUAACUUUGAUAUGCAUGCUGAGGAUGCUUGUUGUUUUCUUCGUACGGGAGGUCGAGGGCUUUUGUUGUUUGGGUCUGACCUUGAAUGUUGCUGCCUUCUCUCUGCGUAUCAGAGGCAUGCUGACCCAGUGGACAACUUUACUGUACAUUUUGUUACAAUCAAGUGCCUGGGAAUUGUAGUUUUAAACCUGGCAACCCAUGCUGGAUCAGCUCCUGGAAGCAGAGCAAGUUCAGGAUGGGCAGUCAUGCAGUUGUAGUUUUCCUUUGUAAAAAAGAAAAAAAAAUACAAAAAACUAAACUGACACCUCUGUCCAUAAGGUAGCAAUAUACUCAGUGGGUGUUUGGGAUGUCAGUUUGUGCUAUCCGCCUGUAAAUAGUGUGUACUGAUGUGAUGCCACAGUGUAACCUGGCAGCGAAAGUUGUGGAUCUCUCCCAAUGACCUUUGACUGUGACUUAGAGAGGGACUUUACACCUUAUUUUAGAAGCUGAUGUCGCUCACAGCAGAACGAAGGGCUGUCGUUCCGAAAGCAAGAUCCAAACGAGUUUUAACGGAGACAGAUUAGUGCCAUUUCCCUCCUGCAUUUUGACAUUUUGUGAAAACUGAAUGCAGAUGACCUUAAAGUGUUUUGUAUUAUUUUUGCAACAGAGCUUUUAAGCUGAGUCACAUUUGUCAUACACAUUUAGCUUUGUGAAAACAUUUUCUAUUACAAUUGUGCAUUAAUGUUGAGACUUUGGAGGAAAUUUUCCCCAAAACACACAUCGAUGCAUGAAUUUGACACUAAAGGAACUUAGUACCAUGUUAUUGGUAAGCACACAUUGAGUAUAAUUUCGACAAAUCAGAGAAUUGAUUUUCUCUCUAUAUGAUUUUAUCAGGGCUGCAACCAAUUAUCAAUUUAUCAUCAAUUGCCAGCUUUUCUGUGUAAUUGGUAAGUUAUAUUGUCUAUAAAGUGUAAAAUUUCCUGGAGCUUUAGUUGAAAUUUAAACGAAUGUCUGAUCAACAGUUAAAAACUUAAAAGAAAUUCACUGGAUGACUGAAUAAAAAAAAAUACAUUUGAGAAGAUGGAUGUGGUGAAUGUUGGUGAACAAUUGAUAAUUAAAAUUGUUGUUGGAUUAUUAACUGAUUAAAUGAUUAAUUGGCCGGUUGUUGCAGCCCUACAUUUUAUAUGUAGGUCCUUAAAAAAACUCACUGAAUAAGAGCGGCUGCCUGAUCAUUAUUCUAAUCAAUGAACCUGAUGUGAGCAAAUAUUUACUUUGGUACUGUGGCAGUUUAUCAUUAUGAGAACUGCAAGAAAAGAACAACAAUAGUUGUUGAUAUGCUGGAUGUUUUUCUCGGCUGCGCACAAUAGUGUCCUUGAGGGUUAAUGGUCCGAUGGUUAAACAGGAGUAUAUUCGAGCAUUAAUGCAGUAUAUAUAUCAGCAUCAAGAUGCAUAAAGUCAUAAAGAUAUUCUUAAAAGAGCCCUCAUUGAUGGAUGUGUUACAUUUAACUUAUGUGAGUGUGGGUGCACAAGAGUGGAAGAGCUUUGCGAGCUCCUUCGUAAAGCAGUUGUUAAUGCGGGUUAAACAGGAAGUGUUGAUAAGGUGUCACUGUAGCAACGCUGUGUUGAUGUGUGCAGAAGCCAGAAAACACUGAGAACAUGGUGACUCAGUUGAACACAACGGUUUUUGUGGUUCAUUCUCUCGGUGAACCAGAAAAAAAGUGGCUGUAGGCUAAAUGGAUGCAGGAGGAGAAGGGUGAUGAUGAUGAUGAUGAUGAUGAUGAUGAUGAUGGUGAUGAUGAUAGGGUUACAGAAGCGAGUGAAAAAACAGACCAUGAGAGAGAGAUGGAGGAAGGACAGUUAAAGGAAUAUUCUACCCACAUAAUAUCCUUUUAUAUAUGAAUUUGUCAUGCUGUGUUUACCUUGAAUUUGGGAAGAAAAGUUUCUCUUUUUUUGCAUAAAUCCACAGAAAUCUAUGAAAGUAUUCAUUUACUCAAUGAUUGGGCUUAACAACAGAAAACCUGUAUCAAAACAUCUGUUUACAAACUCUUACACAGCGUUUGCAGUAUAAUCCAUGUAUCCAGUCAUAUGCUCAGUACUUCUCAAACACAGGCAUUUUCACUAAGCUACAUUAUUACUGAACUGAAAGUGAGACGUUGUCUCUGCUGUCUUCAAAGCGAGACUCCAUUCGUAAAUAUAUUAAUUUUACCUCGCUGAACAUGGUAACUGCUGGUUAAC